AUGGAUGCUUACGAAAAUGGAACCCAGCCCAUGUGCAUGAGAGUACAAGAGAGGAACCAACUGCACUUCACUCCACUUGCUAAUGCCCUAUUGUUUGAUGAAAACACCAACUGCCUCCUCGUCAAGCGGUUCCUUGACCGCAGCGAGGGCGGCAUCGUACUGUCCUUUGUCCCCAACGAAACCCCAGUUGAAGAUGUAGAUGUGUCUUUCACUGGUCUAGAUGUUCAACAUCUGCAGAUCUGGGGUCCUUGUAACGGCGUCGUUUGUCUCACUAGAUCCGCUUUCAACUCCACGAUCGUGUUAUGGAACCCUUCCAUGAAAGAAUUCAGGGUACUUCCUCAACCCUCUCAUAAGAGUGACCAUAUGAGCAAUUUGGGAUUCGGGUAUGAUCCCUACACAGAUGAUUAUAAAGUUGUCAGAUUCGCCAUGUUGGGUACGGAUUUAUCCAUCAGGGGACUCGAUGAAACGAUUGAAAUAUACGAUUUGAGAACAGAUUCUUGGAGGAAAGUUGACGCUGAGUCCCCUGCCAAGUCCGGGCUCCACUGUUUCUAUGAUCCGUAUGCAUCGGGGGACGGGGACUGUUUCUGGUACGCCCACCCUCAACAUGGCUACCCUCGACAAGGUGAUGGUCCAGUGAUUAUGGCAUUUAGUAUGUCCAACGAGGUGUUUGAAGAGUUGCCCGUGCCAGAAGUUUGCUUGUUAGAUGAGCACAGCCACAGUGAACAGAAACUUUUUGUUUUGGACGAUUCCCUUGCCAUGGUUAUUUAUCCGAAGGGGGGGGUAAACCCCUUUUUGAUUCCACCUGAGGAGUUUUCAAUCCAGAAAUCCUUUGACAUAUGGAUAAUGAAUGAAGAGGAUGUGGAGGUGUCAUGGACUAAAAAUUUCACUAUCGGACCCUUGCAGGGACUCGACUGGGCAUUGGGAUUUCGGUUAAACGGUGAGUUCCUUGUUGAGAGCAGCAAUGGACAGAUGAUGUCGUAUAACCUUAAUACUCAAGAAAGGAAGGAGUAUGAAGUCCAUGAUCAAGUACGAGGUCAUCCUCCGCCACCAAAUUUGCAAGUUAUUCCUUACACACACAGUUUGGUUUCUGUCAGAAGACAGCAAUGA